AUGGCGGACUCCAAGAAGAGCGACAACUAUGCCAUCGAGAUGGACAAACUUGAUUCGGAGUCAGACCGCUUCAAGGCACCUCCGCCGCCCCAGCCCCGACACUCACCUUCAGCACAGAACCAUCCGAUUGUCCCCAUUCUCAGCUACUGUGCUUCUUCAAUUUUAAUGACUGUUACAAAUAAAUAUGUUCUUUCUGGGGUUCAGUUCAAUCUCAAUUUCUUCCUUCUGUGUGUUCAGUCCGUAGUUUGCAUUGUUACCAUUCAGACCUGCAAGUCCAUGGGAAUUAUCAAUUAUCGCGAUUUUAAUUCAGAUGAAGCCAAGAAAUGGUUCCCAAUUUCUUUACUUCUUAUCGGCAUGAUUUACACUGGCGCAAAGGCUCUCAAAUUCCUCUCGAUUCCUGUAUACACGAUUUUUAAGAACCUUACAAUCAUUCUCAUCGCAUACGGCGAAGUCUUAUGGUUCGGUGGUUCUGUCACUGGAAUGGCUCUUUUCUCAUUUGGCCUCAUGGUUCUGAGUUCCGUUAUCGCAGCCUGGGCCGAUAUCCAGCAUGCUCUGAACAGUAGUGGAUUUACUGGAGGCGAUGCAACCAGCAAGAUCUCCACUCUUAACUCCGGAUACGUCUGGAUGCUGAUCAACUGUCUUUGCACGUCCACUUAUGUUCUCGGCAUGAGGAAACGAAUUAAGUUAACGAAUUUCAAGGACUUUGAUACCAUGUUCUACAACAACCUCUUGUCUAUUCCUAUCCUCUUGGCAGGGUCUCUCAUUGUCGAAGACUGGUCUUCCGAUAAUGUUAGCAAGAAUUUUCCAAUCGAUUCUCGGAAUUCGUUGAUCUUCGCAAUGAUAUUUUCUGGUCUCUCAUCGGUCUUCAUUUCCUACACCUCCGCAUGGUGUGUCCGCGUCACGUCGUCUACAACAUACUCGAUGGUUGGAGCGCUAAAUAAGCUUCCUAUUGCUCUUUCUGGUCUGGUCUUUUUCGGCGAUCCCGUUACGAUUCCUGGCGUUUCAGCCAUCGUAGUUGGAUUCGUUAGCGGCAUUGUAUACUCUCUCGCCAAAGUCAAACAAAACGCAAAGCCCAAGACGGGUAUCCUACCAACCACUAACCCAGUAAGCGCAAGCUCACAGAGUAUGAGAGACGGUCUAAAGUCAUGA